GUCAUCUAUUCCUUGUUCCUGAAAGAGAAACUCACAGAAAAGAAACAGAAAGAAAUGGCUGAUUCUCCAGUAAGCAUUUCCCAGGGUCUGUUGACAUUCAGGGAUGUGACUGUGAACUUCUCCCAAGAGGAAUGGGAAUGCCUGGACACUGCUCAGAAGGCUUUGUACAUUGAUGUGAUGUUGGAGAAUUAUAACAACCUGCUCUUUGUGGAGAAAUAUUUCAAAGGUGAUCCUGUCUGUCAACAUGUGAAGAAUGAAAGUGAGUCACGUCAGUGUAAUGAGCUUGGCAAAAUACUUCCUGACCCCUCCAUAUAUGCACAUUAUAGAACAAGUGAGAUUUCAGAAAAUUCUAAUAACUACAGAUGCAUUAAUCACAGGGCUGCCUCUAUUGAUACAUUAAUCCCAGACAGACAUGAAAGCAUUCACACUGGAGAAGAAACUUGCAAAUCUAAAGACUGUGAGAAAUCCCUAUAUUUAUGUUACAACAUUACUCAAGAUCAGAGACUGUACACUGCAAAGAAAGAGCACAGGCAUGGAGAAUAUGAUGACAAUUUUGGCUCUGCACAAAGUCUUCUGAAACAACCAGGCUAUAUUGGAGAGACACCACACCAAUGUGGGAAAUGCAUGAAAUGCUUCAGUACUGCCUCAAGCCUCACUGUACAUCAAAGAAUUCAUACAGGGGAGAAGCCUUACAAAUGUAAGGAAUGUGAUAUAUCCUUUACUGUGAAGUCAACUCUCAUAAACCAUCAGAGAAUUCAUACUGGAGAGAAACCCUACAAGUGCAACUCUUGUGAAAAAUCCUUUUCCCGAUGCUCAACUCUUAAAACACAUCAAAGACUUCAUACUGGGGAGAAACCUUACAAAUGUAGGCAAUGUGACAAAUCCUUUACCUGGGACUCACACCUCAGAAUUCAUCAAAGAAUUCAUAAUGGAGAGAAACCUUACAAAUGUAAGGAAUGUGACAAAUCCUUUGUCAGUUGCUCACAUCUUCAAACACAUCAGAGAGUUCACACUGGGGAGAAACCAUACAAAUGUAAGGACUGUGACAAGUGCUUUACUGUGCAGUCAACUCUUACAAAGCAUCAGAGAACUCAUACUGGAGAGAAACCCUACAAAUGCAACUUUUGUGACAAAUCCUUUAAACAGUGUUCAAAUCUUAAAAUACAUCAAAGAAUUCAUACUGGGGAGAAACCUUACAAAUGUAGGCAAUGUGACAAAUCCUUUACCCGGGACUCACAUCUUAGAAAACAUCAAAGAGUUCAUAUUUGAGAGAGACUUUACAGAUGUACGGAAUAUGACAAAUCCUUUACCAAUUGCUUACAUCUUAAAACACAUCAGAGAAGUCACAAUGGAGAGAAACCUUACAAAUGUGAGGAAUGUGACAAGUUCUUUACUCAGGACACAAAUCUUAGAACACUUCAGAGAAUCCAUAUUGGAGAGAGACCUUACAGAUAUAAGGGAUGUGGCAAAUCUUUUUCUACAUGUUCAACUCUUAGAGAACAUCAGAUAAUACAUACUGGAUAGAAACUUUACAAAUGUUGCAAUGUGACAAGUCUGUUAGUAUAUGCUCACAUCUUCAACAACACCAGAAAAUCGUACUGGACAGAAACCUUAUAGUUCAAACACCGCGACACAUUCUUUAAUGGGAUUUCACAUCUUAGAAGACAUCAGAAUACUGGAGAUAAAUCCCAAAUGCCUGGAAUGUGAGAAAUCCUUUACCUACAUGUCAAAUUUUAUAACACAUCAGAGAGUUCACACUGCAGAGAGACUUUAAAGACGUGAAGAAUGUGACAUGUCUUUUACUAGCUGUUCAUAUCUUAAAGCACAUCAGAAAAUUCAUCCUGGAAAGAAACUUCAUAAAUUCAAAGAUUGUGGCAUAUCCAAUAUCUACUUUCAAAUCUUAGAAAACAUCCAAGAGUUCAUAAUGGACAGAAAAAUAUUAUUGGAAAUCAUGUGACAGCAUUUAUAUGGUAUUCUCUGCUUACAAAUCCCACGUAUGCAUAAUAGAAAUAUAAAGAUAAGAGAUUGUGAAAGUCUUCAUUGAUGUUUUAAAUCUUAUAAACUAUC